GCAGAAACAGCACAGUGGAUUAAUUCCUCCUGGCAGGCUCGCCAUGUAUCUGCAGAGCGCAGCUGUGAUUUGCCUGACGGUGGCGUUCCUCCUCAGCUCCCUGGAAGGUAAAGGUGUGCAGAUGCAGCGGGAUGUGCAGUGCUGCAUGCAGUACUCCGAGGGCAAGGUGCGCACCAAGGACGUGCUGCGGUUUGAGGAGCAGACCGAAGGGCCCGACUGCAGCAUACAAGCAGUCAUACUGUACACCAAGAGGGCGGUGAAGUGCGCUGACCCCAGGGAGCGCAAAGUGCAGAGGUUACUACGGAAACUGAGGCGGCGGCAGAGCAUGAAGAAUCACAAGACCAUGUGGCUCCACCCACACAUGAACCUGCCGGUCAUGGCUGAGCCAAAAUAACGGGCUGAACAGAAUCCGAACCAUUCCUCCAACCAAGCAGUCUACUGAGUCCUCAGACUGCAUUGAUCAUUGCUAACUGCUUAGAGGUACAGUACGUUAGAUGCCUGAGCUCCCAUUACCAAACACUUUGAUAUUCCGCAGAGAGAGAGAGAGAGAGAGAGAGAGAGAGAGAGAGAGAGAGAGAGAGAGAGAGAGAGAGAGAGAGAGAGAGAGAGAGAGCACACAGAGGAAAAAAUGGGAGAGAGAAGCGAGAGACAGGGCGAGGCUUUCAUAUGUAGUGGAAUGUCUUUCAAACUUACUGUUACUGACUAUGCCAAAGUAUGCCUCUGAAAUAUCUGUUUCUGGAACUGGUCAAUGACGUUUUGGCAGUUACAUGCUAAAAUCGCAGAGUUGAGGGCGGCGGUCUUGUUCUUUGUUUAUAUAACAAUAACGUAUAUGGCUGACACAUGACUGUUAAACACAAAAGAGAUAAUCAUUUAUAUAAAAAGUGUAACCUUUAAAAAAUGUUCUGUGCUCCCAUUUCCUGUUGUAUGUAAUUGCUAUAUUUUAUACUGUACACCAAAUGUUAUUCUUUGUGUCUGUGACUGAAAUGUCAUUUGUCUUCUUAAUAAAAAG